AUGCAAUCUGAUUUUAGUUGGAUGGUUCCCAUUGAAAUAAUGUUGGGUUCUCUCAAUCAUGGUGAAGUUCAAGCAUGUAGUAUUUCCAACGUUCCAGACAAACUUCGAGAAGUAAACGAAGAUGCUUACAAACCGAAACAAAUCUCCAUAGGACCCCUACAUAGAGGAGCCACAAGACACCUUCAACUAAUGGAAGAACCCAAAUGGCAUUACAUGCGCGAACUUCUUGAUCGACAAGGAACAACACCAGAACAAAAUAGAAGAUCGGAGGUAAGGUUAAGAGAAUGUGGCUAUGACAUUCUCAAGUUAGAUAAAAUAAUUUGUGCUAGCUAUGGUGGAAGUAACAACAACAUCCUCGAAGAAACAGAUCCACACGAAAUCACUAAAAUAAUGAUAGUAGAUGGUUGUUUUCUGUUAGAGCUUCUCAUUAGGAUUGGCGAUUACAUGGAUAAUCAAAAUCCAAAUUCUUAUAACAAUGACGCAAUCCUUAAUACGGAGGAAAAGAUGUUAUCUGUUUUGAAUGAUGUAGCAAUGCUUGAGAAUCAAAUUCCCUUCCUUGUUCUCAAAAAGUUAUACCGCAAGGUAUUUCCUGAUGGUAGCGAAAUUAAAGAUGAUUAUCGUGUUGCUAACAUUGUUCGUAAGGCUUUUGGUUACCCUUUGGUGAAUAGCUCUGGAGGUGCUCAUAUACUUCAUUUGAUGCACUUGUCUACGGUGGAACAAAGCCAACAACAUGAAGGUAAAAAAGCGAAGCUAGAAUUAUUGCGUUGUGCUACAAAGCUUCGUGCUUCUGGGGUAACAAUUCGAGCUAAAUUAAAUAGCACAAAUCAUAAUCAGCAUAAGUUGGUUGAUAUGUUUGAUUUUGAUAUAAGUUUUAGUGAUUCUGGAGAGUUGAACAUCCCACUUUUAUAUAUUAAGGAAACAACGGAAGUGAAGUGGAGGAAUUUGAUUGCUUGGGAGCAAAGCAAAAUUUGGAUUAGAUCCAAAUACACUUCUUAUGCCCUUUUUUUCAAUGGUUUGAUAUGUUGUAAGCAUGAUAUUGAAUUGCUUAAGGAAAGGGGGGUUAUUGUGAAUGAGUUGAACAAGAGUAAUGAAGAUUUGUUGGCCCUGUUUCGCACGAUUUCCAAGGGUGCUGAGCAAAUGGAUUUGAGUUAUAGCGAGAUUUGUGAAAGAUUGAAUGUUUAUGAAUACAAGGGAAUGAAAGUCACAAAAAUGGUUCAAAAAUGGCCUAUACGCGUUUGGCAUCAAUGCAGACGAAUUUUUGAAAUUAUUUUGUACUAUGUGAGAAAUUGGUACAAAAUUUUGAUGCGUGAUCAUAUUCCUACUGUGUGGAAAUUCAUAGGAAUUGUUGCAGCUGCUGCGCUCCUUGUUCUUACUAUCAUGCAGACAUAUUACUCAUCCCGCAAUGGCUAA